CCUCAAAUAUGUCAAAUCUAUAAGUAUAACUAGUUAAGAAACCUGAUGCCAAAUAUCCAAGAGUGAAUGAUGUGUUCCAGGUUAAGACAACAUCAACACCAACAGCCACUCAACUCAAAGAUGGCGAAGUCUUGUUGGAAAAUCUGUACUUCUCCAUUGAUGCAGCAAUGAGAGUAUGGAUUAGUGGUGCCAAGACUUAUGUAGAUCCUGUCCUCCCUGGUAAUACUAUGUUUGGACAAGCUGUAUCAAGAGUUCUAGCUUCAAAGAGUGAGAAGUUCUAAAAAGGGGAUUAUGUGAUUGGCAUUGUCAAUUGGACAUUGUAUCAAAUCACUAGCGAUGCCAAGUUGCAUCUCGUUAAAAGAGGAGGUGACAUUGAUGACUUGACUGGAUACUCCUUGUUAGGCCCACUCGGAAUUAGUGGAUUGACAGCUUUUGUUGGAUUCGAAGCCAUUGGAAAACCAAAGGAAGGAGAGACUGUAGUUAUCUCUGCUGCUGCUGGGGCUGUUGGAGAAAUUGCAGUCCAAUUGGCUAAAACCUAUUACAAGUGCAAAGUCAUUGGAAUUGCUGGUGGACCAGAAAAAUGUGAUUAUGUCAAGAAACAAUUGGGUGCACAUGAUUGCAUCGACUACAAAAAUGAAAAUCUCAGUAAAAGACUCAGAGAAUUGACACCCAAUGGAAUACAUGUCUAUUUUGAUAAUGUAGGUGGAGAAAUGCUCGAUGAAAUAUUGAUGCAUAUCACAGAUCACACAAGAAUUAUUCUGUGCGGAGCCAUUGCCACAUACAACUAAACUGGAGAACCAUAUAAGGUGAAGAAUUACCCUAGAUUAAUUAUAAAAAGAGCAGUCAUGCAAGGAUUCCUUUACUUUGAUCAUCCUGAAUUGUUCAAGCCAGGAUAAGCUACCAUAACAUAAAUGCUCAAACAAGGCCAAAUGAAAAUAAGAUAUGAUGUUCAAAAUGGACUAGAAUAAGCUCCAAAUGGAUUGGCUAAACUCUUAUUGGGCUAAAACAAUGGCAAAGUUGUUGUCAAAGCCAAAUCAGAUCAACCAAAACUUUGAUUAGUUGAGUAUAUAUAACAAAUGUUGGAUUAAUAAUAUUAUUU